AUGACUAGCUCUGCCACUGGAAUGUCUCCUUUCCAAUGUUAUCUGGGCUACCAGCCCCCCAUGUUUCCCCAGCAAGAGACUGAGGUGGCGGUCCCGUCAGCCGGGGAUCAUCUCCGCCGCAUGUGGAGGUCUGCUCGUGCCGCCCUGCUGCGAGCCAACGACCGGUCCCAACGCUCCUCUAACCGGCGUCGCGUCCCAGGCCCGGUCUACCAGCCUGGUCAGCGUGUCUGGCUCCUGGCCAAGGACCUCCCCAUCCCGACGACCUCUCGCAAGCUCGCCGCUCGCUACGUGGGACCCUACACUGUGGAGAGGAUCAUCAAACCCACUGCGGUGCGUUUUGUUGCUGCUGUGCUCACCAGUUGUUUAGUGACUGUUUCUCUUUCUGUUCCAGAUGCGUUUUUGAAUUAUUACCUGGACAUAUGUGUGUUCACCUCCUCUGAGCUUCCUGACAUAGAGUACAUACGCUCUCUGUAUUUCAAUAAGAUAGAAUAUGUCAGGUUUAACAGCACUGUGGGGAAGUUUGUUGGAUACACUGAUUAUGGUAUCUAUGUCGCAGAGGUCUGGAACAACGAUCCUGCAAAGAUGGCAGAGAUGAGAUCUGCGAAAGAGAGAUACUGCAAACAUAAUAUAGAGAUAUGGUACCAAGCUGCCCUGGAUAAGACAGCUGAGCCCAGUGUGAGACUGACUUCAGUGACGCCCCAUAGUGGCCGACAUCCGGCCAUGCUGAUGUGCAGUGUCUACAACUUCUACCCCAAAUACAUCAGUGUCACCUGGCUGAGAGACGGACAGCCGGUGACCUCUGACGUCACUUCCACCGAUGAGCUGGCAAAUGGUGAUUGGUACUACCAGAUCCACUCCUACCUGGAGUACACGCCCAGGUCUGGAGAGAAGAUCACCUGCAUGGUGGAACACGCCAGUUUCCCCUCUCCUAAGAAAGUGGACUGGAAUCCCUCCAUGUCACAAUCAGACAGAAACAAGAUCGCCAGCGGAGCGUCAGGUCUGCUUCUGGGUUUGAUUUUGUCUUUGGCAGGUCUGAUCUACUACAAGAGGAAGGCCAGAGGGCGUGUUCUGGUUCCAACCAGCUGA